UUCGUCCCUCAACUGGUUUCCCCUCAAAACCGCAAAAGUCCGCUUUGUUUAGAUUUUCCCUCUCUCUCUCUGCCCUCUGUAUUUCUACUAAUUUCCUCCAUCCAUCUCCUUAACUGGUUCCUCCGUUUCUUCUCUCUCUCUCGUUGCCUUUAAACGACGCGAUUGGAUUCGCCAUUGAAGUAGCUGGUGACAACAAAAGCUUUGAAUUGUAGCAGAAGAGCAAGCAGAGCUGAUCUCCUUGAGCCUGUCGGAAUAUCGGACUCGUCGGCGGCAGCAAGUAAAGAGAAAAGGUGCAAAUGGCCAUAGAGCAAUACUUCCACGAAGUGGACGGAGAUGAAUCGCCACCGCGCAAGUGGACAACGGUCUCAAAUACUGCGACAGAGUCGGACACUGCCGGCGGCUCCUUCGACUGCAAUAUCUGCCUAGACUUCGCUCUGGAGCCGGUGGUGACGCUCUGCGGCCAUCUCUACUGCUGGCCGUGCAUUUACAAGUGGAUUCAUUUACAGCGUGCAAGUGCUUCGACGGGCCUAGAACAGCAGCAACCACAGUGCCCCGUCUGUAAGGCCGAUAUCUCCCACAAAACCCUGGUUCCCCUUUACGGACGAGGCCAAACCCCCACCACACAAACGGAACCCAAAGCCAAAGGGCUACACGCAGGUCUCGAGAUACCGCGGAGGCCCCCUGCAUGUGGGGUUCACGCCCUGAUAGCUACUACCACAACGUCAGCCACAUCACACUCGCAUUCACAUUCACAUGGUGAUCCGCAACCUAAUCCUCACCAUGGCCACUCACAGUCACUGUCUGGGGCGUUUCAGCAUCAUCAGCAAUACUCUCCAUAUCAGUACAGAAAUUACACAGCAGCAUCCCCACUGUUAAAUCUUGGGGGCACCACCAUUACUAGCAUCUUCUAUCCAAUGGUUGGGAUGUUUGGAGAGAUGGUCUUUGCUAGAGUUUUUGGUAAUUCCCAAACAAGCCUAUAUGCAUAUCCCAAUUCCCAGUAUCUUGUAGGAGGUAGUGGUUCUCCCAAUCCCACCCCCAGGAUGAGACGGCAAGAGAUGCAAAUUGACAAGUCGCUUAACAGAAUCUCCAUCUUCCUCUUCUGUUGCCUUGUCCUCUGCCUUCUCUUGUUCUGAGAAUCCACUUUUCUUUUUUCGGCUCCUUCUCAUUGUAUACUUGUAAAAAUCCGGGAUAUAAGCUUGUGAACCAUACAUGUAGAUCAGAAUAUAUACUAUAUUAUAUAUAAAGUAAGCUUGGAAUUCCAAAGUGGGUUUGGCCACAUUCCCAAACGCCCACAUCAUAUUUCCUUUACUUGGGCAAAAUUAGUGUGUUAUUUGCUCUGGUCCUUCGAAGCCUAAUACGACAGGCUUUGGGAUAACACAUUCCAUUAAGGAGUUCUGGCUGAGCGCAAUUCUGUAUAUGCAAUAAACCUCCAACAACCUGAUAUAGACUACAUUAUUUAUUUGCUUCUGUGUGAAUUACUUCGAAACCACUAAUGUCCUAAAUAGCUUUUCUUAAUAGUUAAUCGGAAGCUCUCUGUUUGGCUUAUAAAUUUGCAAAUUUUGGUUGUAAUGCUUUUAGGUUUAUACUUUUUGAAUGACUUGAUAUAAUGAAUCAGCCCAAAGGGAAAAUUUAAUCGGAA